GGAAACAUGACAGACACACAAUUGACAUAACAUAACACCUUUCUAUCCCUUGUUGUUCCAUUCCAUUCCUUCAUUGCUAUGCCCACAUAACAACACCAAAAAAAAUGGCACUUGUGAGCCACGUUUGUGUGAGAUGUGUAGCCACACCCACUUCCCCAGAGUCCCCAAAUUCGGCACCCUUGCCAGACCCAAGGCAAACCAAGGUUCUCCUUCCGAAGAAGAAGCCUCAGAAAUGGUCCACCGGGGUGGCUCCCGGGGAGUACGGUGGCCCUCCCACCACCACCAAACUCCGCAAAUACUGGGGCGGCGAUGACGAAGACCCUUUGGCCUCUGAUGACUAUAUGUGGAACAAGGAGUUUAUGGGUCGCUUCCAAAAGUUGAUUGAGGAACCCAAUGCUCAACCCCCUCCUGCAAAGGAAGAGCCUUCAGGGUUUCUAAGCUUAAAUAGAGUCAUGAGCCUGGACAGUUUGGAAGUUGAUUUGAGCAAAGAACUCGCAGCUCCUGUAAAUCAUAAUGCACACCUGCAAAUUGAUGCAGAAACUAAUGUGACAGGAAGCAAUAGGGUAAGAUAUAAAUCAGCACCAACACGUCGUGAGCAAGAAAAAUGGGAUAGAGCUACCAAGGCCGCAACUGGAGGCAGUGAUGUGAUGUUCCGGGAAAUAAGGCAGUCUCGUGAAGAUCCAAAAGUUUUGGCUGCUCAAGCUGAGGAGCAGUAUAAUAAGUUAAAGAGGAAGUUGCAAAUCUUUACCUUGGGUAUAGGUGGUGUUGGUCUGGUUUCAGCUUAUGUUUCUUAUUCCCCUGAGAUUGCAGCUAGCUUUGGUGCUGGCUUUCUUGGUUCUUUGGCGUAUAUUCGUAUGCUGGGAAGUAGCGUGGACUCGCUAAGGACUGAUGGUGCAAAGGGCUUUGUCAAGGGAGCAAUUGGGCAGCCAAGAUUACUGGUUCCUGUUGUUUUGGUCAUGGUCUAUAACCGCUGGAAUGCGAUUCUGGUUCCAGAAUUUGGAUCUAUGCACUUAGAAUUGAUACCAAUGCUAGUAGGUUUUUUCACAUACAAGAUUGCAACUUUUGCUCAAGCUAUAGAGGAGGCAAUUACUGUAGCUACAAGAAAGACCUGAAGAAUAUUAGGGGUGGAGGGGGAGGAUGCCAUGUCAUUAUAUUUGGGUUUUUCUCUCCCACAUAUUGAACAUAUAAUUGUAUUUAUGUUUUUCCAUAUUUGGAUUAUUGAUUAUAAUAUCCAGAUAUUUGGUCUUAAGUCUUCUCUCCCACAAUAAGCACAUAUCGACUUCAUUUUUUUCAUAUUUACGAUCAGUGAUAUCAAGGGACACAAUUAAAUUCA